AACAGUAGAAAUUCAAAAGCGGUUACAGGUUACUCGUGGCGAUGGCGUCCUCUUCCAUCCACAAAUAUUUAUUCCCACAACACCCUUGCUUUUCUGGUAAUCUCCAACUACAUAAAAAUUCUCAGGUUUCUUCAAUCCAUUUAGCAUCCCGUGUUAUUCGUGCUUGCUCUGCUGUUUCUGCAGAACCAGAUAUGAACGCUAAGCAGGGUGAAAUUUUGGAAGCUGAGUUGUUUGCAUGCCCGAUAUGUUAUAAACCACUGAUGAGAAAAGGCACUUCGGGUUUUAACUUGAAAGCAAUCAACAGGUCUUGUUUUGAAUGUGAAACAUGCAGAAAAUCAUACUCAAACAAUGAUGUCUUCUUGGAUCUCACUGUUACUGCUGGAAUGAAGAAGUAUAAGGAAGUUAAACCAGCUGGCACUGAGGGAUUCCGGAAUCCGCUUGUUUCAUUUGUGUACGAAAGAGGCUUCCGGCAAAAUUUGACUCUAAUUGGUUAUCCUGAUAUUGAUGAGGAGUUCAAAAUGGCUCAGGAAUUCUUCGAACGUGUAAAAGGUGGAAAAAUGAUAGAUGUUAGCUGUGGUUGUGGUUUAUUCACCCGGAAAUUUGCCAAAUCUGACACCUAUUCUCAUGUUGUUGCACUUGAUUAUUCUGAAAAUAUGCUUCGCCAGUGUUAUGAGUUCAUUGAGCAAGAUGAGACAGUUCCAACCAACAAUCUGGCUCUUAUUAGGGCAGAUGUUUCUAGGCUUCCCUUUGAAUCAGGCUCAGUUGAUGCUGUUUAUGCUGGUGUUGCUAUACAUUGCUGGCCUUCUCCUUCUAAUGGAGUUGCUGAAAUAUGUCGCAUAUUGCAAAGUGGUGGAGUAUUUGCUGGAAGCACUUCACUUCGAUAUAGUAAAUCUACCCCCUGGUAUCUACGGCCCAUGAUAGAGAGGAUAUUCAGGGGAAUCAAUGUUUUCACAGAGGAUGAGAUUGAGGACUUGUUAUUGUCGUGCGGAUUUACCAACUACUCGAGCAAAGUUCGAGGUUCCUACAUCAUGUUUUCUGCUCAGAAGCCUUGAAAAUCUUGCUUGUCCAGCGUCUGUGGCCUCCUCAAGGCCACCCAACAUCUCUUUUUUUUCUUCUUCUUUGAGGUAAAUUGGGUGUUUCC